AUGAGAAAUUGGAAAAACAAUGAAAAUGUAAAGAUUUCUGUAAAAGAAACAAACAAUAAAAAUGUAACAGAAAUAAAGCCUCAUGUUUUAAAGGCAUCUGAGAAGCUUCUGGAUAUAAAUUUCCCAAACCAUCAUGGCUUGACUGCUCUGAUGCUGGCUGUGAGAGAUGUGGACCUGUUUGAGAGUCUCAACACGCUAACUGUCUACAGACCUGUGGAAGUUCUGUCGGAGCUCCUCAAACAUCGCGCAGAUCCUAAACUCUGUGAUUUUAGUGGAAAAUCAGCAGUUCAUUAUGUGUCACAAAUAAAGAGUUUGAGGAAACAGCAGUUAUUGGACAUUCUAAUGAAGUCUAUGCCAAAGCCAGAAAGAUAUGCUGAAUCAUUGCUUGACAUUUGUCAUGAUACGAACUCUUCUCCAACUGAUAUGAUGACAGUUACCAGAAAUCAGAACAUAAUCUUGCAAAGCCUCAGCAGCAGUGAGGAGUUUGAAGAAGAUGACAACUGUAAUCAUUCUAUACCGGUUGGUGAAGGAGAUCCAAGUGGUGAUGCACAAGACUGGCUCCCCAGGGCAGAAGGUGUUGAUAUUAUUGUUACUUUUCCAAGAGAUGUCAGUCAUCCCCAAGAAAAGAGCCAUGAAGAUUCAACAGAAAACAAUCAGGCAACUUCAGUGCAUCAAGAAUGGACAACAGCACAUUCUGUUUCUCUCCCAAAUGAAAUUGAGAUGGUAGACCUGAGGACAAAGACACUGGCCAUGCAGCCCUUCCUCCUGGAGAAAGAAGAAAGUUCCAAAGAGCUCAGUGAUGUCAACUUGGAUUUUUUGUUGCCAAGACCUUGCUUAGAACCGAACAUCUCCAAGUUUGUAACCAGUGAAGAUGCUGCUCACUUUCUAAAGAGGCAGCAAAGAAAAUCUGAAGGGUUUUCUACCUCUGGUUUGAAGCUCACUAGGCAAAGAAAUGAGUUUCCUCUGCCACCAUUGUCACUCCUGCCCAGGAGAUCUGGCCUCCUUACCAUCCCCCCAAAUCACAAAGUUCAAAAAGAACGAGAAAGACAUAUUCCAGGCUUCCUGUCCUUUGUACCCAAUAUCUCAGAGCCCAUUAGUCGAUCUGAUGAGAUUAGACCAUCAAACAAGCAGCAGGAAACCCCGUGUAAGAUGUUUGUGGAUCAGACCCCCAGAUCUUCUGAUAGCUCCAUCUGGUCCAGAAACAUGUGCUCUUUUCCAAAGGCUAACCUUCACAGAGGACACCUAGAUGUGGAGAAUUGGAAAUCCAAGGAAACAGAAGGAAGUGACCAUAUUGAAAGCUCUCACUUUCAAAAAGAACAGUCUUUGGUGUUUUUUGAAAAGGAGCAGGAAGAUAAUAAUUCCACUAAUAGGGAAGAGUAUAUUGGGGAUGAAAUGAAAGCAGAAGAGAAUUCUCAAUAUCUUUCAUUACAAAAUCAAGACAGAUCAAUAUUUAGAAACUACAAACAAGAAUCAGAAAUUGCCCGUGCCAUCCCAAGCGAGCUCCAAAAACUCCAGCAUCCAGAGGUAACUCAGGGCCAGGAUGAAGAAAGUAGAAGUGAUCAAAUUGACUCAAAAAGUGCUUCAGUGGAUAAAAAAGAAGCAACUGAGCAAAAUCAUGAUGAAUUAGAAGAGCAUCCUGUGCUUAAAAGCUCAUCCAAUAUAGUUCCUGACGGCCCCAUUGAAAAGCUCCCAGAAGGUCAUAGCGGCACAGAAACAAACAUAAGAAUAUCAAUAGAAGAAGCAACCACACCAGAAAUGAAUGAAAUGGUGCCUCUUAUCUGCAUUACUUUCCCAGAGGAUGGAGUCUCCAAGGAAUCAGUAAUGGCCAAACCAAGCCUCCAAAAAAGAAAGGGUACCCUUCACACCAACAACCAUAGUUUCAGUAAUCUUGCACAUCAAGAAAAUGACAAACAUAAGAUGAAGACCUGUAGAAAUAAGUUGGAUUCAAAGACCAAGAUAAGUAAUAGGACACCUCAGAAUUUCAUGAGUUCUGUUGAAGGGUCCAUUAAACCUACCGCACAUAAAAUCAACGUAAAAACUCAAGUUUUUCCUGCUCUGGGGCUUGUUGAUCCCAGUCCUCAGCAGUUACCCAAGUUUCAAAGGAGAGCACCACAGAUAGAAAAGAAGCAAUCAACUUACAGGGUUCUGAAGCCAAAAAGGCCAUCACUUCCUUGCAUCUGUAAAAAUCCUGUAGUAAAAAAGUCUUCUGUUCCUUUUUCUGUUCAACCAACAGAACCAAACCUAAAUUACCUAGAUCUUAAAUAUAGUGACAUGUUCAAAGAAAUUAACUCGAUUGGCAAUGGACCUGGAAUUUAUGAAAUGUUUGGCACCCCUGUUUAUUGUCAUGUAAGAGAAGCUGGACGAUAUGAAAAUAAGUAUUACCAUGAGAUAUGCUCAGCUUCAUCUGGCAGAUGUAUCACCAACAAAUGUCGAUCCUCACACAAUGAGAGGAGUAACAAUAGUAGAACCAGACAUUCUCAGAAAAGACCACAUAUUAAACCCCUAAAGACUUCUCUUGGCAUUAAACAAAAGCACAAAUGUUUAAAAGAAAAGAGUUGCAAGUCAACAACUAGGAACCUAGAAGAUAUUGAAAAUGAUGAUGGUAUUGCAGGACCAGACUGGCAGGUAAAGUCUUCAGGAAAUGACUUUCUAUCUUUUGAAGAUGACAUCAUGAAGUUGGCUCAGUAUCCUGAGCAGUUCACAGAACAGAACGAAUUCCUUCCUGCUUCAGAUUUGUGCAUUGUUAAAGAGGUCUCUAUGGAAGAGUCUAACAAAGCAAGAGAUGUUUCUAACAAUCAACUACUCACCACAAGCCUUAGAGAUCUGCAGGAACUUGAAGAGCUACAUCACCAGAUCCCAUAUGUCCCAUUAGAAAACAGCUGGGCAAUGCCCAGUGAGAAUUCCAACAAACGUAUAUUGCAAGAAAAGCAGAAUGAAGUAUCUUUUGGUAACUUAAAUGCUAACCAAAUUGUAACUGAUGAUCUAGAAUUUGAUAGUGUUUCAGACAAAUCUAAAACACUCAUGAGUUUCUCUAUCCAUGAGAAACAAGAAAGUGCAACUUCCCAAAGAUAUCAAAACUGGGCACAUUCUUUGGACGAUGAUAGUUUAACAAAUAAAUCAAUUACAUUUCAAAUGUUUGGAAAAUCUUUAAAUGAUGAAAAUUCCAUUUCCCAAGAAAUUCUGGACUCUGUAAAGAGUGAAGAAUUGACAGAUGAACUCUUAGGUUGUCUAGCUGCCGAACUAUUAGCUCUUGAUGAAAAAGAUAACAACUCUUGCAAAAUAAUGGCAAAGGAAACAGAUCCUGAAAGUCUAAAUCUUGACAUCAGUAGAAGAGGAACUACCACGCAAGAAUUGAGCAGAGAGGCAGCAAAUGUCAAAACACAGAGGUACAGUAAUGGGUUCAGGAUUUAUGACAGGGAGGAGAAAUUUCUCAACUCAAAUGAAAAGAAGACAUUUUCUGAAAAUAGUUUAAAGUAUGGAGAGCCUAUCCUGUGGACCAAGGGUGAGAUCCUUGGGAAGGGAGCCUAUGGCACAGUAUACUGUGGUCUUACUAGUCAUGGGCAGCUAAUAGCUGUAAAACAGGUGGCUUUGGAUACCUCUGAUAAAUUAGCCACUGAAAAAGAAUACCGAAAACUUCAGGAAGAAGUAGAUUUGCUCAAAGUACUGAAACAUGUCAACAUUGUGGCCUAUUUGGGGACAUGCUUGGAAGAGAACAUUGUAAGCAUUUUCAUGGAGUUUGUUCCUGGUGGUUCAAUCUCUAGUAUUAUAAAUCGUUUUGGGCCAUUGCCUGAGAUGGUGUUCUGUAAAUAUACAAAACAAAUUCUUCAGGGUGUUGCUUAUCUCCAUGAGAACUGUGUGGUACAUCGAGAUAUCAAAGGAAAUAAUGUCAUGCUCAUGCCAACUGGAAUAAUAAAGCUGAUUGACUUUGGCUGUGCCAAGCGUUUGGCCUGGGCAGGUUUAAAUGGCACUCACAGUGACAUGCUUAAGUCCAUGCAUGGGACUCCUUAUUGGAUGGCCCCGGAAGUCAUCAAUGAGUCUGGCUAUGGAAGGAAGUCAGACAUUUGGAGCAUUGGCUGCACUGUGUUUGAGAUGGCCACCGGGAAGCCUCCACUGGCUUCCAUGGACAGGAUGGCUGCCAUGUUUUACAUUGGGGCUCACCGAGGGCUAAUGCCGCCUUUGCCAGACCACUUCUCAGAACAUGCAGUGGACUUUGUGCGUGUGUGCCUAACCAGGGACCAGCACGAGCGACCUUCUGCUCUCCAGCUUCUGAAGCACCCCUUCUUGAAGAGAAGUUACUAA